AUGGAGCCGAGCUUCGAGGCCGUGUCAAAUGACCAGAAGUCGGGCGCUUAUGUUGCUAUCAAAGUCUGCACUAGGGAGCAGGAAGAUGACUUCAACAACCAAGCGAAGAAUGAGAUUGCCGUGUGCCGCGUCCUCCAGGCUGGAGACGAUCAACACAUCGGGAAGAAUUUUGUCCGUCUCCUCAAGGAUAGUUUCGUUGUUGAGGACAUCUCUCCCAACAACAUCUUGACGGGUGUUACGGACCCAAGCCUCUUCUCUGAGCUUGAAGAAGCCGAGACGAACCACCCCGCCCCGCGGAAAGUACUCGAAAGUCGCGUCAUAUACGGCUCAAGAACCCUACCAAUUACCAAUGGUCCUCCAGUGCUCUCAGAUUUUGGAAGUGCACGGAUCGGCGCCGUCCAUAGGGGCGAUGUUAUGCCCGACUUCUACAGAGCUCCGGAAGUGAUCCUAGGCAUGGAAUGGGGUUCCAAGAUUGACAUUUGGGCUGCAGGUGUUAUGAUGUGGGACCUCUUCCAAGGCUGCCGAUUGUUCUUCGGCCUCAAGAACGGUGUAGUGGAUGACGAACAGCAUCUAGCCGAGAUGGUAGCUCUCCUAGGUCCCCCUCCGAAAAGCUUCCUUGAAAGAAGUGAAGCAUGUAAAAAAUACUGGGACUCGGAAGGUAACUGGAUCGCUAGCACUCCGAUUCCCGAUGUCACCCUUGAGAUGCGGGAGAGGUAUCUUGAGGGUGUAGAACAUGACAGGUUCAUUGAGUUUGCAAGGGGUAUUCUGCAGUGGUUGCCGGAAGACCGCCCUACUGCUAUCCAGAUUGUCGAAAGCGACUAUCUAAUGGAGCUGCAUAGAACCUCAGCUGAGUCUAAAUUAGAAUAG